AUGGCGUCCCAGUGGGAUCAGAGGGCACUCAGCCGAAGCGAUUCGCGGGUACAACACUACGACUCCAACGGCAGGGAGUCUCACAUGAGCCACUACGUCGAUGCUCGUGCGACCAUGGACGAUCACGACCAAGACGACUUGGAGUAUGACCAUGACGACUCGGAAUCAUCAGUAAUCUCGGAGGAGCUCGACGACGACAUGGGCAUGGCCUCGGAGACGGAUGAGGGCUCUGACAGCGGUGGCCAGACUCCAAUGACGGAGCGUGCCGCCCUCGAGCUCGACGUCGAUGAGGAGGACCCUCAGCUGUACACAGCAUCAAGCGGGAGGGAUACAUCCUUGUCGGAGCGGCCCAUGGACGAUGACGAGGAUGAGGAAGACGACGACGACGACGACGACGAAGAAAUAUUCUCAACCUCUGAUGACGACCCCUCAGAGGGCUCAUCGUCCUCGUCCAACGGCAAAGAGACCCCCGUGGACAUGAACGCAGUUUCUAUAAUGGAGAAGAGGCUCUCUUCAGAAGGCUCGCAGACGCCAGAACCAGACCAAUCGCGGGACCUCGAGUCGGCCGCUAAGGGCCCGCCCGAGUGGAAACCCUCCAAGGAGUUCAUACUGGCCUUCUCCGCCUUGUCGGUGAUCUCGCUCGGCGCGGCGUUCGAUGCCACCAGUCUCUCCGUGGCCAUACCAACAAUUAGUGCCCACCUAGGCGGCACGGCGCUGCAGGCCUUUUGGUCGGGGACGUCGUUCCUGCUUGCAAGCACGGUGCUGCAACCCACCGUUGCUGGGUUGAGUAACAUUUUUGGAAGGAAGAAUCUCAUCUAUAUCACCCUGACCUUCUUCCUUGCUGGUUCGAUAAUAUCCGCUCUUGCAAACAACUUUAUGGUGCUGAUUACUGGAAGGACAAUCCAGGGUGUUGGCGGCGGUGGCUUGCUUGCCAUGACAGAAGUUAUCAUUACCGAUCUGGUUCCUCUUCAUGCACGAGGAACAUGGUUCUCCGUUCUCAGUGCUGUCUGGUCCGUAGGCACAGUCAUCGGUCCGCUGCUGGGCGCCGGCUUUGCGCAAAACGUCAACUGGCGGUGGAUCUUCUGGAUCAACCUGCCCAUCAUAGCCUGCUCUGGCAUUUUUGUCAUCCUGUUCCUGAACCAGGCCCCCAUUCCCGGUAACAUGAAGAAGAAGCUGGCCCGGUUUGACUGGGGCGGCUCGCUGAUCUUCACAGCCAGCGCAACCUCGUUCCUGUUCGGCAUCACCACUGGCGGUGUGCAGUACCCGUGGGGUUCGUGGCACGUCCUCGUCUCCAUCCUGGUCGGCCUGGCUGGGAUCGUGCUCUUUGGGUUCUGGGAAGUCAAGGUGGCCAAGAAUCCCAUGAUUAGCAAGGGGAUCUUUAACAACUGGGACAUGAUUGUCAACUACAUCAUGACAGUCUUCCACGGUGCUAUCCUAUGGUCUAUCGUCUUUUUCUUGUUGCUAUACUACCAAGCCGUCAAAUUUUAUACUCCAAUCAUCUCUGCGGUCGCCGCCCUUCCGGAGACGCUCACUGUUGCCCCGGCAGGUAUUGUUGUCGGUCUUGUGGUCAUGCUCACGGGUCGCUACCGCUGGUCGAUCUGGAUCGGCUGGGCUCUCACCACUCUCGGCAGCGGUCUUCUUGUGCUGCUCAUGCCCAAGACGUCGAUUGCCGGCUGGAUCUGGCUCAACAUCCCCGUGGGCAUCGGCACAGGCAUGCUUUUCCCGGCCAUGGCCCUGUCGAUCCAAGCCGCUUGCAAGCCGGCGCUCAACGGACAGGCGGCCGCCUUCUUCUCCUUCCUGCGCACGUUUGGCCAGGCCCUGGGCGUCGCCAUCUCGGGCUCCAUCUUCCAGAACGCCUUCAAGGCGCGGCUGCUCAAGACGCGCAACUACCACAACCUGGCCGACGAGUUCUCGCGGGACGCGACCAUCAUCGUCGAAAUCAUCCGGCUCAUGGACGACGGCCCCUUGCGCAGGGAGCUGGUGGACGCCUACAACGGAGCCCUGCACAUGAUCUGGGUCGCGUGCAUCGCCUUUGCCGGCCUCUGCUUCCUGCUCAGCCUGACCAUCAAGGGCUACUCGCUCCAGCAGGAGCACGUCACUGACCAGGGGCUCAUUGUCAAUGGGAAGGCGGUUGGUCCGACGGGCAGGGCCGAGAAGGGGAAGAAUGCCGCCCCGAGGGAAGCAUGA